GUGUCACGCCCACGCCACUCCCCUCCCAAUCAUUUCCCCACUCCCACCCGCGUACGGUUGCCACCUCACCACCUUGAACCCUCGCCCAACCAAACCCCUCCCCCGCCGCCGCCGGCGACGACUACGGCGGAAGCCGGCGCGGCCUCCCCUAUGGGCGUGUCCUAACUGGAACUAUGAUCCUUGAAUAUACAGUUACAGGUACAGGUGUGUGAUGCGGUUCACCUAAGCCAAAGGAUAACCAUUUUGUGUGUUAAUUCAAAGUACACAUCUGAAGCAAAAUGCUACUGGUUCUUCGCUUCAAUCUGCUGAGGAACAACAUAUGGGGCAGCCGUUCAGUUAGGUUUCUUAAGCAACAUGCUGGGUUUUCAUCUGGGAAAUUGCUUCAACCUGGAACCUAUGAGAAGCGUCAUUUCACAACGAAACUUACAGACACAGCUAGUUGGCACAAAACUGACUCAGGUUCAUGUAGUCCUGCAAUUCCGCCACUGUGGCUUCAACAAACUUUUGACCGUGACAAUCCUGGAACUGUUCUCGUCUUCGAUAUUGAGACUACUGGUUUUCUCCAUGCGGAUCAUAGAAUCAUUGAGUUUGCACUCCGUGACCUUUCCGGAGGAAAGAAUUGCACAUUUGAGACUCUCAUUAAUCCUGAACGGAAUGUUCCCAUAUAUGCUGCAAAAGCCAAUAAGAUUACCACUGAAUUGGUCUGCAGGCCUGAUGUCCCAAGGUUCAGUGAUGUACUUCCACUACUACUAGCAUAUGUUCAAAGACGCCAAGCUCCUGGCAAGCCAGUCCUUUGGGUUGCCCAUAACGCAAAACAGUUUGAUAUCCCUUUCCUUAUGCAAGAGUUCGAACGAUGUUCAGCCCAGGUCCCUGCAGAUUGGCUGUUUGUUGACAGUCUUUGUUUAGCAAGGAAAUUGAAGAAAUUGGAUGGAAAUAUAGGUCAUGUAAACUUGGAGGCACUGGGUAAACACUAUGGCAUCAUUUUCAAAGGCCCUUCUCAUAGAGCAAUGCCAGAUGUGCAAGCAUUAUCCGAAAUUUUCCAAAAAAUCACUUUGGGCUUAAAAUUGACACGCGACGGUCUCAUGAGUGAGGCCAGCAUCUUUUACGAUUUCAGGAAGGUUUCUCGAAUAUGAAUUUUCGAUCUCAUCAUUCUGUCUUAGUAAUAAACUAUUUGACAUUUUCCUAUAGGAUAACAAUAUCAUUUACAUUCCGAGUGUUGUUGCUGUGGUUUAGCGUAUCAAAUUCUCAAUGAUCAUAGCUUUCUUGUAUUGAAAGAUAUAUGCUGUGAAUGAGACCAUCAAUAUAUUCCCUGCAAUAAGCAUAAUAGCACAAUUAGUUGAACCA